AACGAUGAACCAGUUGUUAUCCAACGCAGUCUCCGCGGUCCACGAGGUGUCCAUUCACGCACUUGGCGGGUCGGCUGCCCAACCAUGACCGCUGUUGAAUCCUGGACUCAGUCGAUCGGUUUCCAUAAACGUAUAAAUAUUAUUAUUAGUCGUGUUUAAAAAUAUUGACAAUCUAGUUUGUUUUCAGUUUUACUGUUAUAAUAAUUUUUAUAUGUUCGUUUAUUCGUAUUUUGUAUAACAAUAAUCAUAAUAAGCAUAUUCAUUAAAGUUUAUCAGACGCGUAUAUUUUAUCCGUUAAUUACGCUGCAAGUGUUGGUAAACAAUAAACAUAUUGUGAAAAAUAUAAGAUUUUGAAAUAUAUUUAUAGGUACCUAUAGUGCGCGUACACGUAACGCAAUGAUUGUGAAUGUGACCAAACUUCAGCAAAUUAUGAGUUUUGUGGUACUGGCCGCAGUGAUAGUGGCUGGCGUGCAGUGUUCCAAUCACGAGGCCGAAAAACGGGUCAUGCACAACAACAAUGACAGUACUAUGCGGAUAAAAGCGCAGUCUCGGAUAUCCAUGUCAAAAGGCAAUGGAUACGGUGCUCGGGUCCAGAUCCGCGAAGAUCAUCAUGGGCGGAAGCACGCGCACGCAAUGGCCAUUUGUGAUUGUAACGGACAGGGUCCGUGGAGACCGCUGUUCAAACCGUCGCAAAUCCUCAAGACCGAAUUCCCCGAACACGAAGCGUUCCACGAAGAGGUAGACGCUCAGUACCGGAACUUGGUAGGCGACCACGUGGAUAACCACUUGAGAUCGCCGCAGACACCGUCGUCCGAACACAUAUCCACCGAACUCGAUAGCGGCGGGUUUAGUGGCGGCGGCAUUAGCUACAGCGGCGGAGGUGUCGGCGGCGGUGGUUACGGGGGCGGUGUCAACGUCGGGAACGGCGGCGGCACUGGUGUCGUGGGCGCUGGAAUCGCCAAGAAACACAACCACAUGAUUCACCUGCACCUGAUUCCACAUAUUUACGUGCCGAUCAUGCACUCGGCUGGUUACUCCGAAGUGAAAAACUAUCACACGACUGUCGACGACGGGCCGUCACUGGCGUCGCCGGUCCAGAACUCGGUGGACACGUCGUCGGAGUUCCACGUCGGCGACGUGGCUGCCGCUGGCGGGUCGAGCCAGCCAGGCACUUCUGGUUCCGGUGGUACAGGUGAAAGUCCCGUGUCCGCCACGGCGGGCGUGACCGGUGACCACGACCACGGUAACUUUAACGGACACUCGGGCGAGACGUCGUACUAUACGAUAACCGACGACACCGUUCAACACCUACACCAGGACUUGCACGAUCAUUACGGCAACGGGAUCGACAAUAAUCACAAUCACGACUACGAGGCCCCGUCCAACUCUGUGCCCGAAGAACCGCAUCAAUACCAGGUACAUGAGACCGACGACCUGUCCAAGGACUACAGCAACAAGAACCACGUGACGAGCGCGUCGUCGACGGCUGCGAGCAAACAGGCGGCGCACCACAACCACUAUCAGCCGCAGCAGGUGCUCAAGCACAGGAACCCCGCGGUCAAACCAAACCGGAGCAAGCACGGCCGCAAGUUGACCAGCCGACAGGACCUGAAGAACCUGCUGGUGAUGCGACCGCCGCCCAUCGGACAGACACAGACUUGGAGGUACGUGUACCGGCCCGCGGUGGCCGGGCACCACCAACCGUAUUACCAGGGCAAGCAGCCGAUUCCGGUGAUCAAGACCAGGACGGUACCGCUCAUCCUGCACAUCCGGCAGAGGUCGGACGACGAUUGAUGCGGUUUUGUACAUACGUGGGCCGCUCUAGCAGUUAUUACUUACCGGUUUUUCUGUUGUUGAUUUAGUGCGGCAAGUGCGCGCCGGUAUUUAACGUUGUAAUGUAAACAAAGUGAAAGAACAAAAAAAAUCCUAUUUUUAA